AUGAACGCGCCCACCCCAGAUCUGCCCCUCGCUCUCCGCGCCACCCACCUCACAACCUCCGCCUCCGAUCCCAUCCGCCCAUCCCUAAAACUGACCAUCACCCACCACUAUCAAGUCCAAAGCACCAUCAUCUCCUCCAAAACGAAAGCACUCCGGAUAGACGGUACCUUGGAUGUCGUGGUACCUAUUGGAGGAAAAGUCGAACUUGGUUUGCACAUCGAUGAUCAGCUUCUGAGGGAAGGAGGACAUGACAAUGGGCAAGUCAAACAACGGUUUUGGAACAAGCUUGCAGGGAUGUUGCGACAUAAUUCAGACACUCUAGCUCUCUCAUCGAAUUGCCCUGUGGCCCAAGCACGCACAGACCCAAACGUCCUCAUCCUGAUUCCCAUAUCCUCCUCGCCUACUCUCAACCCUAUUCCACAUCAACUUGUCUCCUCUGGACACCCUUACGCAUACUUGCGACGCUUGGAAGUUCGUAUAUCAUGGGUAAAGACACGUACGGGGGGCAAGAGAAAGCUGGGACGAGACGAGGAUGCGGUCGAUGAAGAAGGGGAUGCACUGUUGCCUUUGAUGGACGAGUUGGAUGAUGCGGCCCCCGAGGGAGAUUUGGGGAGCCUUCCCUUCAACGCGGAUAAUCAUCAUGAGCCAAGUCAGAGCUGGCUUGAUCAACAAAUUGAACGAGCUCUCAUCAAGCUUUUGAUUGGACAUUUAUUAAAACGGUAUCCUUUGAUCUUUGAUGGAGAGACAUAUCGCAUUGCGCCAAAGACCACCCCAGGACCAUCCCUCUUCUCGUCUCUAGCUCACAUACAACGCCUUCACGUCCGUCACAACAUCACUACUGGCCCCAGUCUGUCCGAAAGCAUGGCCCGCCUGUCCCUUGCACAACAGGAUAACCUCAAAGCUCGAGUUGGUCGAGUGGUCGCAUUGCCGGCAAAGAAGGAUAGCAGGAUCGAAGCCGCACAUAAACGGCAGAAGGUCGCUAGAGAGAGUGCAGUCAACACGGCCCGGGACGAGGAAGAAGAGGUCGAGGUAGACUUGUACAAAGUUGAUCGAGACGAGAGGCAAGGAGCGUAUCUGGAGGGAGUGGGGGUGUCUAUCGAAAGGUCUGACAAGCAAGGGCAUAGGAAGGCCGAGGCCAAGCUGAAGAGGAUAGUUGGGGAUGCAGUGGUAUUCCUGGGUCGAAAGGAUCUAAUUGAAAGAAGGAAGGGUCGGCGCAAGCUUGGGUAUGGCCGAGUCAAGCUUGUCUGCCCAUCCAAAGAUGACUUGGACGUCCCGGUUCCAAUAUCAGACUAUGCUCUCUCGGCAAUCUCUCCACCAUCAGGAACGUCGCUUGUAGCCUGCUCCCCACAAGUAUCGUUUCUCGAAGAUGUCGAUCAGGAUCCUACCGACCAGUAUCACAUACCCUCGUUGGAUGAACGAUUCGAUCUCGACGUCAAUACCUUGGAGGAUGUUGUGAUGGUCAACGAUGAUAUACCGGAGGGAGAAGAAACACUUGCAUUGGUUGUUGAUGUCGAUGAAGAUGACAACGAUCCCGAGUCGGAUGUCAGCCAGCUCCUUCCACCAUCGCCAUCUCCCCAUCUUCACCCGGUCAAUGACCUGCCUCCGCCUGCUCCAAUUCACCCUCCUUUUCGUCAACCUAUCAUUGAGCUCAUGGUGGAGCGCUUCGGUAACCCAAAAGCGCCCGAGGAUUCCGUCGUGAUGGGUCUUGAGCUAGAGGAGACUCAAGUGAACUGA